GCGAGGCGAGGGAAGGGACCAAGAGGCAGAGCUGUGGGUCCUCAGGCCAGGCCAGGCUCCCUUGGAGGCGGCGACAUGGCAAGUAGGCCAUGGAGUUCUCCCAAUGGACUUGCUUAUCUUGCAGCAGCCAAGGCGGUGAGUGGAUUCCAUCCCCACCGCAAUCGCCCACCCUCAUGCGCAUGAAUGGAACGUUGCCUGGCUGACUGACUGACUGAGCGAGCGACCGAUCGAUGUGUGGAACGUGCCGAGAGCACGGCGUCCAAUCUUGCUUCGUCGCAGCCAUUUCUCUGGAGUGGGUUGGGUGCGUGCCCAUAUCCCAAUCCGAACAGCAGGCAGGCGCUAAAUAUGCUCUUCUAUCAUCCCAUCCCCUUCCCAGCUGACACCCAAAUGGAAGCAAGGAGCGAAAUCAGGCGGUCCGAUUAAGUAGCUGGAUUCUGAAUCACCGUCCCGACUAAAUGCAUGGGAAGUGCAUGGACUAGAGAACGAAUGAACGAGAGAGAGAAAGAGAGAGAGAAAAGAGAUGCGGCAUUGGGACCGCAAGGCCUGCUGACGGAACGCAAGGUAGAGAUGGACCAAGAACUGUGAACGUUGCAGUGGUACCGGAGCUGGUAAGAAAAGACUCCACAGUGGAGGCAGAGAAUCGCACCGAGAGAGAGAGAGAGAGAGGCAGCGAUGGAGAUGGAAGCGGACAAGAGCGGGAGAAGAUUCAGCAGAGGUGCAGACAGAUAUGCGAGCCACUUGGCACACGCUGCCCCUGCCACGACUGAAGUGUGAGGUUCUGGGAUCGGAUUCAAGAAAGGUUCCCGGUCCCGUCGACGGCGAUGCGAAUGGAAUUGCAGGGUGCAGUCCGCUCGGCUCAAAAGACGACGGUGCGUGCGUUCGUGUGAGCGCCCCGGCAGUCACAGAGCUCUGGCGUAGAUCUUGGUGCACAUUGGAUAUGUGCCCAGGACGUGAAUUCUCUCUGUAGGUGGGUGGGUCGGGUCAGUCGCCUCCGCCUCCUUCCUGGAAGGUGAGAGAACCAGCAGAACUCCUCCCUUGGGCUCCUGGAUGUUCAGAAAGCGGCCGCAACCACAGAGAAGAAUUCUUGAGGUGCAGAGGUUGCUGAGGUUCGACACGAUUUAAAGAAGGAGAGGAAGAUCGUGAAUUUUAGAGAAUCUCGUGGACAUUUCAUCGCAUCCAGAGUGCUUGUGGUGGUGCAUGCCGUAGUCUAGACUCUCACAGGCCAGACAGGGGAGAGAUGGUCUACCAGGGGUUUCUGGGAGCACAGCAUGCUAUACUGCAAGCUCCUUUGGGUCCAGAUCUAUCGGGUCCUGCAUUAGUUGCAGCCGUGAGCAAUGCUGGCGGCUUCGGAUUCCUCCGCGCCCCAGAUCAGCCAAGGCCGGAUAUUGUAAGGCAGCUGAUUCAGAGCACCCGUGAACUAACAGAGCGUCCAUUUGGGAUCGGAGUCGUAUUGCACUUUGACCAAGAUGAGAAUAUUAGAAUGGCUCUAGAGGAGAAAGUGACAGCCCUUUGGGUGUUUUGGGGCGAUUUCCCGGAAGAAAAAGUUGAUGAAUGCCACAAAUGUGGAGUGAAAGUUGUUCACCAGAUAGGUUCUGUGGAGGAAGCAAUCAAGGCAGCACAAGCUGGUGUAGAUGCUAUAGUUGUGCAGGGCAUUGAAGCUGGGGGGCAUGUUAUCAGCCAGGUUGGGUUACUUGUUCUCCUUCCGGCUGUUGUGGAUGCUCUGAGGGGCUAUAAUGUACCCAUUAUAGCAGCAGGUGGCAUCGUAGAUGCACGUGGUUAUGUUGCAGCUCUCUCUCUCGGUGCUCAAGGAGUGUGUCUUGGAACAAGGUACCGCAAGUUUGUUGCAACAGUUGAAUCCUGUGCCCAUCCAUUGUACAAAAGAAAGAUCGUGGAUGCCAGAGAGUCAGAUACUGAAUACACCAACCUGUACGGUCGUGGGAGGUGGAGAGCUCCUCACCGGGUAAUUAGAACAACCUCUCAUGAGCUAUGGAAGGGCGAACUUCCCCCUGAUGGUACCGAAGUAGGGCAACCCAUCAUCGGUCAUACAACAAUCUAUGAUGUGGAGGAAGACGUUCCUCGGUUUUCAGGAAAGGUACCAAACUUCUCGACUGCAGGAGAUGUGGAGAGCAUGGUAAUGUAUGCGAGCAUUGGGGUUGGACUGAUACACGAAAUUCUUCCUGCUGCAUCUAUAGUCAAGGGUUUAGUUGAGGGUGCCCAGACUAUAAUUCAACAGCAAUUGGGAAGGUUUUUGGAUCCUAGUCCAUGCAGGGAGGGUCUUACUACCAUGGUUUAGUUCCUGGCUGUAAAUUGGUGAUAGUUGUAAUCAGAGGCUACAUAAAAUCAUCUGAAUGUUUGCCUAAUCAAUCCGGCUAGCAAACUGACGAUGGAAUUGGGAAGGCCUCUAUACAUGUAUAGGCGUUUAACAAGUGAUUCCUAUCACUUGUACUCAUAUUUGAGAGUGAGGAUUGUUAGGUCGGGCAAGGACGGUGAGUAGCCUAGGAGCAAAUGGUCGAGAUCUCUGCUACUGUCUUUGCUAGCCACGUGCACCUGUUACGAAGAGUAGGUGCACGCGAUCCGAUUGUACGGAUCUUGUCUCCUGUUCAAUGUAGAAAUUUGAAUAAUACCACAUAUUUUCAACCUUACUCCGUUUGGUCUCAGAGCGUCUUGAAUCGACCAAAUAAUCGCAUUCUUCGAGAGCGACGCUAGAUUCUUAAUAUACCAUGUUUAAUGUUUCGAAUAGAUGCUAAUUUGAACGACUUUCAAAGUAUCGGCACCUCAUCGGAAAGAAUUACCCAACUGUUCGUUCCUUGAUUCGUCCAGUUUGUUGUCUUUUCAAUCGCAUAUUGGCUUCGAGAAGAGUAGGAAUCUCCUAGUUAAGAAAAGUGUGUUCUGGUGUCAAACUGUGUUCCUUAGGUCGUGAUUGCGAUUUCAGUCGCAGAGGCAUAUCAGAUAUGACUGGUAGUGGUGAAGCACACUCUUAUCUAUAAAUUUCUUAGCAUUAAGUUUUGGAAACUUGUCAACAGGAACCUCUUUCACGCAUUCUGUUAGUUGUU